CUGCCUAUGGGUCAGGGUGUGGCUCCCGGUUGCUCCCCCCACCACGAUGAUGACGGACUGAGUCACCUCUGGAACUUAAUAAGAGACUAGUGGCCUUAGUGCCCAUGCCCAGUGACCCUCCCUUCAACACCCGAAGAGCCUACACGAGCGAGGAUGAGGCCUGGAAGUCGUAUCUGGAGAACCCCCUGACUGCGGCCACCAAGGCAAUGAUGAGCAUCAACGGAGACGAGGACAGUGCGGCUGCCCUGGGCCUUCUCUACGACUACUACAAGGUUCCUCGAGACAAGAGACUUCUGUCUGUGAGCAAAGCAAGUGACAGCCAAGAAGACCAGGAUAAAAGAAACUGCCUCGGCACCGGUGAAGCCCAGAUCAGUUUGGGCGGAGGCGAGAACAGAGUGCAGGUUCUGAAGACUGUCCCGGUGAACCUCUGCCUCAGUCAGGACCACAUGGAGAACUCGAAGCGGGAGCAGUACAGCGUGUCCAUCACCGAGAGCCCGGCCGUCAUCCCGGUGUCGGGCAUCACGGUGGUGAAGGCCGAGGACUUCACGCCGGUGUUCAUGGCGCCCCCGGUGCAGGUGCACUAUCCCCGCGCGGACAGCGAGGAGCAGCGCGUGGUGAUCUUCGAACAGACUCAGUACGACCUGCCCUCCAUAGCCAGCCACAGCUCCUAUCUCAAGGACGACCAGCGCAGCACGCCCGACAGCACCUACAGCGAGAGCUUCAAGGACGGCGCCUCGGAGAAAUUUCGGAGUACUUCUGUUGGUGCUGACGAGUAUACGUAUGACCAGACGGGGAGCGGUACAUUUCAGUACACCCUGGAAGCCACCAAAUCUCUCCGCCAGAAGCAGGGAGAGGGUCCCAUGACCUACCUCAACAAGGGACAGUUCUACGCCGUCACACUCAGUGAGACUGGAGACAACAAGUGCUUCCGACACCCCAUCAGCAAAGUCAGGAGUGUGGUGAUGGUGGUCUUUAGUGAAGACAAAAACCGGGAUGAGCAGCUGAAAUACUGGAAGUACUGGCACUCCCGGCAGCACACAGCCAAGCAGCGGGUCCUCGACAUCGCUGAUUACAAGGAGAGCUUCAACACCAUCGGGAACAUCGAGGAGAUCGCCUACAAUGCCGUUUCCUUCACCUGGGAUGUGAACGAGGAGGCCAAGAUUUUCAUCACCGUGAAUUGCUUGAGUACGGAUUUUUCCUCCCAAAAGGGCGUGAAAGGGCUCCCCCUGAUGAUUCAGAUCGACACGUACAGCUAUAACAACCGCAGCAAUAAGCCCAUCCACAGAGCGUACUGUCAGAUCAAGGUCUUCUGCGACAAGGGAGCAGAAAGAAAAAUCCGAGAUGAAGAGAGGAAGCAGAACAGGAAGAAAGGGAAGGGCCAGGCCUCUCAAACCCAGUGCAACAACCCCUCUGAUGGGAAGAUGGCCGCUAUACCAUUACAGAAGAAGAGCGACAUCACGUACUUCAAAACCAUGCCUGACCUGCACUCACAGCCUGUGCUCUUUAUACCAGAUGUUCACUUUGCAAACCUGCAGAGGACCGGACAGGUCUAUUACAACACGGACGAUGAGCGGGAAGGCAGCAGUGUUCUCGUUAAACGGAUGUUCAGGCCCAUGGAAGAUGAGUUUGGUCCAACACCGUCUAAGCAGAUUAAAGAAGAAAACGUAAAACGAGUGCUUUUAUAUGUGAGGAAGGAGAAUGAUGACGUGUUCGAUGCUCUGAUGCUGAAAUCCCCCACGGUGAAGGGCCUGAUGGAAGCGCUGUCUGAGAAGUACGGACUGCCGGUGGAGAAAAUCACGAAGCUUUACAAGAAGAGCAAAAAGGGCAUCCUGGUCAACAUGGACGACAACAUCAUUGAGCACUAUUCGAAUGAGGACACCUUCAUCCUCAACAUGGAGAGCAUGGUGGAAGGCUUCAAGGUCACGCUGAUGGAGAUCUGAGCCCGGGGGUCCCCUCCACAGGCGCUCCUGGUGCACUCCUUCCCGGGAGAGAUGGGAUCUCUGCCGCCCAGAAGCAUCUCACUCACCUCACAAGGCUGUUACAAGACUGCUGGGAAGGGGGCGGGGCCCAAGGCCCAGUAGCAGACCUCCUUCCACUCCCGCUUGCUCCCUAUGGAGCUGGAUUUGAAGCUGAGCCCCUCAGCACAUUUCUUGGAGCCUGGUAGGCCCUUAUUUAUUGCCCGUUCCCCCCAAGAGCCCUCCAGGACUCUGCAAGUUACUGACAGCUCCGUGGGAGACCGCCAGAGUUCCCUUCAAGGGAAACAGCAAGUCCACUCAUCUCGGGCUGGGGAGCUGGUGUGACCCUUGCCUUACCUCUCCACAUCUCUUGAGUGCAUGGACCAGACGCGCUGCUUCUUGGUGCAGUCUUCAUGGACAGGGUAAGGAGGACACCAAGUUUAUUGUCCCCCAAACCUUCGGAUUGCUCUGAGGAAGGUCAUUUUGCUAAAUACCUCCAGGGGACUCACUGCAACUAGCCACUGGGCCUUGUACAGGAAGACAUUGCGAUACCAUGUCAGUAAUAAGGAGCACAGGAGUGUGCCUGACAGCCAUGUACAUAAUUUAUACAUAAUAUUGCAAUAAUAUAUUCUACGGAUGGUUUGCGGGCAUGUUUACUGCCAUUGGCCUAGAGGAGACAUUCCUGGGAUCCACUCCAUCCACUCUAGAGGAGCUUAGGAAAGUGGCCUUUGGGAUGUCAUGUGAUGGUGGCUAAUGCCAGGACAGACCCUCCUGUGGGCCAAGCCUGAGGACUUGUUUCCCCAGAGCCCUCUCUCCUCAAACACGACUCUCUCCCUCCCUGGAGGCCAUUGCAUUUUAUCUCAUGGUGACAUGUUGUCUAAGUGCGUCCUUGAGGUGUCUGGGAAGGAACCCCUGUCGGUACCUUCUCUAGCCUUAGUCUGAGGCAUCUCUUGAGCCUUGUGUAAAGUCUCUGCAGACAUUUGCCCCAGGGCUGUCACUGAGACCUGCAACAGAACUGCUUGGCCGACGCGGGGCUCCUGGACACUGCAGUGCCUCCUCGUUUACACGCAUGUCUUUCAUCUCAAGUGGCCCCUUUAGAAAUCCAGCUGCAGCUUUGUGAACUGAGCCAGGGGCUCUUCUGGGCUGUGAACAGCAGGCACUGCUUCUCCUGAAGUGAGGAUAUCCACCGCAGCUCUGGAAAGCACGGGAGUCCCUGCACUUCUGACACCAACUCUGGGUGGUGUGCUGGAGAGCUGGGGCUGGGUGGUCCUCUCCUCGCCCUCGGAAGGUCGAGAGAGAACGACUUUCCAUUCUCUCACGGUCCCCGUGGGCCUCUGUUCUCUCUGAGAGAACUGGUCAGUAGCUCUGUUAGGGUUAAGGACUGGGGUGCCCCCUGUGGGCUGAGAACUAGUGUGACAGCCAGCCACAUCCCACCCCAAGGCCUGGAUAACGGAACAGCUUCUAUGGAAAGGUCUAAAUUUGUCUGUGAAGCACUUUGAUGCCUUACCUGGAGGCUCUGCUCUCUGGCCCCUGAGGCCCAGAGCAGCUGAGGGUGACGUCAGCCCAGCUGUUGCUCUUCAAAGCUGCAAAGAAAUUGAAUGAGAUGGAGAGUAGUAGGUGCUGUAACCAAGAGGAUCCCUAAGGGUGGCAGGGGCACCUUUCCGAGAGCCCACUGGACUCCUUAACCUUCUUCCUGUUGCCAAAGGUUUGCAUCCUGGGCCCUGCUCUAGUCCAGCCCUGCACUCCAAAUGCUACUCCUUGAAACUAGCAGCCUGGGGACCCUCCAGGUCCCAGUGGGUCUCUGGUCUAGACGGACAAACUCAGUGUUGGGAAUGUGCUCUAUGUGCUUCCUGUGCCAUAGCACUUGGCUAGCUGCAAGCAUGAUUGGCAGACCUUAGAGGCAGGCUCGGGAUCCCAGAGCAGGGCGACAGAGCUGCAGCAGCCUGACAGACUAGCAGCUCUUCUCCUCUCUAGUCUCUGGAAAUCUGCCCGUCUGCUCUGGGGCAGACGACAAGCCAGAGCCAGCUUUCCCUUUGUCCUGAGUCCCUACAAUCCAUGAGGUAGCCAUCAUCAGCCAUCAUCAGAACAAGGGCUAGGACGCCACAGAGGAGCAGUAUCGUGUCAGGUCCCGGAGUGCCGGCCGGUGGACUCCACACACCUCCUCCCUCACUGCUGGCUGAGCUUUGCUGAGCCUCAUUUCCUGAACAAGAACACUCCAGAAAGAGAGCAGAGCUUGCCUUGUCCUGAAUGAAUCUCACCCAAACAAAGAUUGUUCUUUGGUAAUCCAUAAAAGAUGGGGGAUACAUGGAGCAGAUAUUUCAUGUCCCCACAUCGUUGAAACUUCCUCGGUGUUUAGAAAUUGGAGCCAAUAGAAAAAUGCAUUGUGAAGUUGGUUCCUAAAAGACUAAGGCACGUCCCAACGCAGAAACCUGAGAGGUUUGAACUGAAUCAAAACAUUUAUUUUCCUUCAUAUUUUAAUAGUCAUGAAAAUGCAACAGGAAAUGAGGGUUUGUGCCAAAUUCUAAGAAUGGCCCUUUCUGAAAGACAAGCGGGGGGACUCGUGUGUACAAUCUGCUCCCACAUAAAACAAGAGGAAAUGUAACUUAAUAGUUUUGUAAAUGGGAGAGGGGAAUCUAUAAACUAUAAAUAUGUUAUUUUAUUUUUUGUACAUUUUUAAGAAAUAAAAAUAAA